AACAACAACAACAAGCCUGCUCCUACUGGGACUCCGAGUGGGGGCGGAGCCAUGGCGGGUCGGACCCUGGCUCUGCGCUAUGGCCCCCUGUGGCCUCCCAUCUCUUGGACCGAGGUGCCUGGAUCCUGGCCCGAAUGGCAUCUCACCAGCAGUGGCGUCGGCCACCACGUUAUCCCAUCUGCGUCCUUUCCCCCGCCCACUGUGCAGUCCACGGUCGCGGAGCCCCUACUCCCCAGCGCAAAGCAAGGUCCGCACAUCUGGGCUUUCGACGAGGUCGUCAGCAGGUGGGAGACCACCUCGGGCUCGGCUUACGUGCCCAAGACCCACGGCGGUCCCUGCGCGCAGCCCAAGGCCCCAGAGCCAGCGGACCCUACGCGAACUGUGGGGAUCAAGGAUUUAGGGGAAAAGCUCAAACAGCGAGCCUGGCGCCUCCCUCUGAUCACGAAGCACCACUGCAGCGAAACGAGGGCGCAGUACACCGGCUGGCCUGGCCUGGACCCGCGCACCACCUUCGACAUCGGGUCCCAACCCCUGGAGCUUGCGGACCACCACCGCAGAGGCCCUUCGCAGGCUCUUGUCCCCUGGGCUAGGAACUCCGAGCUGGCCGGCCAGCCUUUCACCGUAUCCGACCAGGGCAUCCUGGACCGCCGUCAGCUGUACCUGACCACCACGGCCCGGGACUUCCGAGCCUACCCGAAGAAGGAGUUGUCCGGAUACCCCUGCAAAGACUCGCUGACCUACUGGAGCUUCGAGGAGACGCCCCAGGCCUGGGGCCACGGCCCACUGCGGCCGCCCUGUCCGCGGUCCUCUAGGCCACCCCAGCUGCCGCGGGUCCGCGUGCCCCGCGCGCGCCCGGUGCCGCCGGCCGUGCCCCACCGCGGGGCGCUGUCUCUGGCCCAAGAGUCGUUUAGCCCCCCGCUGCACCCUCUCCGCGGGCUGGACCGCUUCUGCCCGCUGGAGGCGCCCUGGGGCGGUCCCCACUGGAAGCCAGUACCGGCCAUCUACAGCGUGCCGCAAGCCUACGGCACUGAGAACUCGCGCUAUGGCAGCUGCAAGCCCGCGCUGAUCUGA